AUGGCUCACCCAGCUGAUGUCCUGACUCUGCCUAAGGGUCCGCACUCUCGUCCUGCGCUCGACCCGUCUGCUUCCACGGGUGCUGAUAACUCCAACGGGCUUCAGGCUCCUGUAAUCAAUGACAAGGACAAGUCAGCCUCUUCAGCCGCUAACGGAUCUGGGCUAACUGCUGCUGACAAGGUCAACAUUCCCUCGGUUGGACUCACUGUUGAUGAUGACUUUAUCGAUGACGACUCUGAUAAUGAGAUGGCUAUUGAUCUGGUUGAGGAAGCAGGCUCCGCCGUGUCGGUGAAAGCGUCAUCGCUCUUCCUUCCCAUCCUCCGCGAUCCGGCCAUUGCUCUCGUCUCCACCGGCAGCAGCAGGGAAGAUUGGAUCUGCACGCAAACGGGCUGCGGGAAGGCGAAGGGGAAAAGUCUCAUGGCGGCGGCAGAUCAUAUCUCUGCAGCUUCUCACCUGCUAGAGCUGUCGAAGGCAGGCUCUGCAACGAAGGAGUCCCUCGACAAGCUGAACCUAGAGGUCAUCCGCAAGGAGUACGGACUCCGACAGAGUUUGAGAGUUACCUGGAUGCAGCGGCCUGUUGGUGCUUAG